AUGUUGUUUUCAGGAACAUGGCUCGCAUGGACCUCCAUGCUGGUGCUCUCCACAGUUGUCAAUAGCUCUCCGAUCCCUCCUACAGAUGCCCCGAGUCCCAUCCACCCGAACAUCGACAACACCCCACGUAUCGGUAUCCCCGAGUCAAGCAUGCACCAUUCACCCCAGGAAGUGCGUCGUGACCCUCAAUUGCAGGGUUCUGACCUCUUGAGCGCGCUCUUAAAGGGUGGUGCCCUGGACAAGGCACUUCAGUCGGCAACCCAGGUCUAA